AUGGAGAAGGAACUGCGAGCCAUGCGACACGAUUUAACAGCAAAGGAGGAACUUACAAAAAUGUACGAACAACAGUUAAAACACCUGCACAAAUACAAGGAAGAUAACGAUAUACAGGUCUGUCAUUUGAAAGAUGGUGCGGGAGCCAGUAAAACAUGGCAUUUGGAAUGUAAUACCCCAAAACUGGAGCUUUUUUUUGCAACAGUUCUCUGA